UUGCCUGAGGGAAUUACCCACAAAUCAUAGCAAUAUGACGUUAAACACGGGGUUGCGAGUGGAAGCCGGAGAGUACUCCAUACAGAGGGGUUCCGGUACCGGCUGGACCCUCCACUUCACAGCUGUGGCGUCACCUGGAAGUAGUCACACUGGGCGGGAUGACCGGAACAACAAGAUGGCGGAGAGUGAAGAGUUUCGGGAGUCAGUACUGUAACGCAGACUUUAGCCCGUUGACUGGUGAAACAGCCGUGUGGCACAACACCAUAGCCAGCAUGAAUCUCCAGCAGCCAGCACCUCUCAUCCCCCCCGUCCACCCGGAUGUGCAAAUGAAGCCGUUGCCCUUCUAUGACGUGCUGGACGUCCUGAUCAAGCCUUCAAGUUUAGGAGCGAGUCCUGCACAGAGGUACCACCAAGAAAAAUAUUUCAUCUUUGCCUUGACACCACAGCAAGUUCGGGAAGUGUGCAUAUCCAGGGACUUUUUACCUGGUGGCAGAAGGGACUACAUGGUUCAGAUUCAACUGAGGUUUUGCUUGUCAGAGACAAGUUGCCCUCAAGAGGACAACUACCCAAACAGUCUUUGUAUAAAGGUUAACGGGAAACUUUUUCCUUUGCCAGGUUACGCACCACCACCAAAAAACGGCGUGGAACAGAAGAGACCAGGAAGACCUCUGAACAUUACCUCCCUUGUCCGACUCUCCUCUGCGGUUCCCAAUCAGAUUUCAGUGACAUGGGCACCUGAAAUUGGCAAAACCUAUUCCAUGUCUGUGUACCUGGUGAGGCAGCUGACAUCUCCACUGCUCCUGCAGAGGCUGAGGAUGAAGGGCAUCAGAAACCCGGACCACUCCAGAGCACUAAUUAAAGAGAAGCUGACAGCGGAUCCAGACAGCGAGGUCGCUACAACAAGCCUACGAGUCUCACUCAUGUGCCCGCUAGGUAAGAUGCGUCUGACGGUGCCGUGCCGGGCGGUGACCUGCUCCCAUCUGCAGUGUUUCGACGCCGCCCUCUACCUGCAGAUGAACGAGAAGAAGCCCACCUGGAUCUGUCCCGUGUGCGACAAGAAGGCAGCGUACGAAAGUCUCAUCAUCGAUGGUUUGUUUUUGGAGAUCCUAAACGACUGCUCCGAUGUGGAUGAAAUCAAGUUCCAGGAGGACGGAACCUGGUGUCCCAUGAGACCAAAGAAAGAGGCCGUCAAAGUCCCCUCUCAGUCGGUUACAAAAAUUGAGACCUCGGCUCCUUUACGACAGUCGUCAGCGGUGUCUCAUACUACUGAGCCCACCAGCGCCAAGAAGGCUGAUGUGAUCGACCUGACCCUGGAGAGCUCCUCGUCCUCCUCCGACGAAGAGGACUCGGACCCUCCGCUGAAGAAACGCUGCGUUUACAUUUGCAAGAAUGAGGAUAUGCACGCGAAGGGAGUGCUGACCUACCAGCCCACUGUGCGCGUGCCGAAUGUCCAGGCCCUGGACACGUCGUAUCUGACCUCCACCCUCGCAGACUAUGCAGUUCCCUUCCACCCGUCCACCCUGGCCAGCAUCCCAACAGAAAUGCAGAGUCUGGAUUUGUUUUCCUUAAUUCAAGCAGAUCCUCAGCAUUACCGGCCACAGAUGUUCCUGGACAACCUGACGAGCAGCAUGCAAAGUGCGGCUGCGGCCAGCACCAGCUCGGCCCUGGUCUCCUCUUCCAGCAGCCACUACGACACCAGCGCCCACUCUGCCAGCUCCAUCCACGAGACCCGGGUCAUCACGGGGGGUGGGGGCGCCGGAGGGGGGACGGACAGCAGCAUAUCAGAUAUCAUUUCACUAGACUGAGCCACGUCUCACUGGACCUCUACAGGCCUGUUUUCUGUGGCCUUUUUAGUGCGGACUACGUGUACAUGCCAUGUUGAUUGUUUUUUACCUAGAAGCACUCAAAUUGGUAUAAAUGAGCAGUUUGAUGGCCUGAACAUUUUCUGUAUCUGUAUCCAGGUAUGUUUUCUUUUACCUUCAACAUUUGGGAAAUAUUGCUGUCAUACGUACAGUAUUUUUAUCACAUUAGAUCAAAACAAUGAUUGAGUUUGUCUUCUUUUAGUCAAAUAUUCUGUGGUGAUAUUGCGUUGGUUAGAUCAAUAUUUCCUGAUGUUUUAACCUUAGUAUAAUCAAGUAUUUCCCCACUGUUAUAGCAUUGGUUUAGUUCAAUAUUCCCUGGUGAUUUCGCCUCCAUUUAGUCACUUAUUUCCCAGUGUUUUAGCCUUGUUUUAGUGCAAUAUUUCCUCAGUGGUAUUUUAGCCUUUGUUUGGUCCUAUAUUUACUGGUAUUUAAGCCUUGGUUUGGACCAAUAAAACCAGGUAUUUUAGCUCUGGUUUAGUCCAGCAUACCCUUUUAUUACUGUCCAAUAUUCCCUGUUAUUUAAGCUUUGGAUGAGUCCUAAUUCACUGGUAUUUUAGCCUUGGCUGAGUCAACGAUUGCUUGGUAUUUUAGCCUUGGUUUAGUCCAAUAUUCGUUGAUAUUUUAGCUUUGAUUCAUUCCUAGAAUCCUUGGUAUUUUAGCCCUGGUUAGUCUAUCCUUUUCAGGUUACUGGGAGUCAUUUGUUUCAGGGUUCGUUUAAAAAAUAUUGACUGAAGAACUCAAAUCAGUAGUUUCUUUGUAUUUCCCCGUACACCAUCAUUAUGACCUAAACAGCUAAUCUUUUGGCCAUCCAUAUAUAGGUAUAGAAAUAUUUUUACAACCCUUUCUCCCUAGCAGAAAGAUAAAUGUCUGUAUACUUUCUUUUCCCAGUUGCUCCAGUGUUGGAAAUAUUUAGGACAUUGAACUCAUCAUUUAUACCAAUUUGUUUACUUGCACAUACAUGUAAAUCUGACUUCAGCCUUUUCUUGCCUGGUUGACCUGAGCGGUGUGUGCCUCUUUGGUACCGAACAAAUUCAGGACGGAUGGAGGGAGAGCUCGGACUCAGUGCUCUCAGCAGGACCUCGUUUCACACAACAUCCAUUGAAGUGAAAGAAUGGUUAGAAGUAGGAGGCCCCUCAGUGAAAAAGACUUGUGGACUGAUAGACAUACUGUUGACUGUGAAGAUGGAAGGCAGGUCAGUAAUUCAAACGUUUCCAUUGGUUCUAACAGUUGUCAGUCAACACUUCAACGAGGUUUAUCACGGGGCAGCUUUCACGUCACACCAACGUAAAAUGUUCCUUUGUAAUUUAGUCAGAGCAAUAAUAAUUUAACUAGUGUUAGGUUAAAUCAAGUUGUAAAUGUAGUUCAGAAACUCCACACCACUCUGCCUCCUGAAUCAACUCCCUCUCCUUCAUAUACGGCCCAUUUAUUGGCUCAUGUGAGUCGCAAACGUGGUUUAUGUUUUGUGUCAAAUCUUCAGCAAGCUCCUUUGCUUUCUUUCAGAGAUUGAGAUGUUCGGAUGGAUGUUGUGUAAGUACAGACCUUGAUUCAGGACGUGGUUAGCCUAGCUUAGCAUUACUGUAAGCGGAGGUGGGAACAGCUAUUUCAUCUUCUCAUCUCGUGCUCGGAAAGGUCAACAAGCGCAAUUCAAAGUGUAGAACUGUACUUUUUUAUUCAUGUUUUUUAAAUUUUUCCCACAAAUGUGUGCAUCAGCUUUGACUAGCAUGAGACGGCUCAGUUGGUUUUAAAAUAAUGUGAAAUGAAAGAGUUUGUUUGCCUCAAAGUUGGUGUAAAAAAUCAGAAAAGUUCAUGUUGCCAAGGGUCUGAUUUUUAGCUUCCAUUUAAAAAGAAAAAGAAAAAAAGUCCACUCUGUAAUUCUUCUAAACUCUGGCUCCGUGUCAACAUCCAGCGUAAGCCCGCUUUCUGACAGUUGACAACAAGCAGUAAGAUAAAGUAUGACAAACGGGCAGCUACUGUAUCACGUCUACAUUAUCUGGAUUGCUUGCUGUGCACGUGGACUCCCGGCCAUCAGGAGCUCAAUCUCAGGGACCUAAACUCCACUUGUCUGGGCUUGACGGACUGAGCUAUUUAAAAAAUAAUGACGCAUAUGAAAAACGCCGUUGGUAUCUGUAACUGAAAUACAGAUGAUGAUGCGAAAGUUAGGCCGAUGUAUAACAUUUUAAGGUCGGUGUAACUGUUUAUUCAAACAUGCUAAUGAUUGCUGGCAGACUCAAGUGUACAUGUUAAAGGAAUACUUCACCCACAAAAUGUUCAUUUUUAUAUCACUUCCUCACCCCAUGUUACCUUGAGUUCUUGAAGAAAACGACUCCCAUGCCUCCACGCAGCAUGGGAGUCAAAAACUGAGAAAAAUCUUGAUAAAUUUAAGUGAAUAGGGGCAGCGUUCAACAACAGCAAAACUAUAUCAAAACAUCUGUUUACAAACUUUAGUGUUUUAAACAGUUUUUAUGGAUGCCGUUUGAAUGCAAGUGGCAAAGAGGAAUUAUGUUUGCCCAUUUUGCUUGUAAAGUGACCUCAAUCGAGAUACAGUUAUGAGUUCAUGCUUAAGCCUGACUCAGUUCUUGUGGGACUGAGGCGGUUAGUUUGUAGAAACUGAAUAGCUGUACAUUGGAUUGGAAACGUCGUACAGCAGUUCAUACACACUAAAGGGUCCUGACUGUAAUGAUGCUGAUCCUGAUCAGGUUUUAGCGUUUGUGAGAGUAGUGACCAUACGACUGGAUAAGUGAGACUUUGAUCAUGCUACAUGAGUUGUGUGAGUUUGUAAACGGAUGUUUCGAAAAAGGUUUUAAAAAGCAGCCUGCAUUUACUUCCAUCCAUUAAAGCUUUUCUCAUUUAUUUGAUUCUUCAAUGGGGAGGCAUGAGAGAAAAACUGUUUUCUUCAAGAAUUUAACACAGGGUGAGUCAUUUUGGGGCUGAAGUAUUCAGGCAGCAAAUUUGAAAUAUCGGGCUAUAUAAAUAGAAUUGAAUUUAUAACGGCCAGUUCACCCAAAUUCCAUAAAAAACUCACCUCGCUUAGCUCUAGUGAAGUCCAGUUACGCGGAUGGUUUCGGUUUAUGUGAACAGGAUUUUUAGAUAUCCGUCUUUUUGAGAUUUCAGUCACCUCAGAAUUAAGUUUUUUUUAAAUAACGUUUAAAAAAUGUAACACCUGUUAUUUUAUUUUCCAGAAUCAGUAUCCCUGUUACACAACAUAAUUCACAGCCUGGAGUCUUGAUUUGAAACUACAAUCAAAACUAUCAGGAAAACUGUUGCUGACUAACAUUCUACUUUAUUGAAUUGGAGGCUGGAAUCGAGAGACAAAUAAAACCCAAACUAUUUACUGUUUUGCUAUGUAGAUGUAGCACUGGUGGAAGUUGAAGAAAUAUGUUUUUGUAAGUUUUGAUGAACAAAUUCUUAGUAAGUAAAGCAUUAGUAUAAAAAAAAAAGGGUAAAAGUUCAACAUCAUCAAAUUGUUUCCCAUCUUUUCAGCAUCUUUACUCACACAGAAAAAAACAUCAGUGGUUUUUUUUGCAUUCAGGUAACUGUUUUGUGAAAUUACUAAUUAGACAUAUUGUUACUGUCUCUAUUCACCUGUGGGAAGAUGUUGGUAAUUUGAAUUGUUUUGUACUCAUGUAAACAUAAUCCAGAUCCCGUGGACGUUUCUCUUUUGACAGACUCAGAGAAAACUGCUCAUUGUUGUUGCUUCAGAUUCACAAGGUUUAUUACUGGAUGGUUUAAUACAAAAUUGUCCAUUGUUUUCCUGUACCUGUAAACUUGCAACCUUUUGAAUUGUGGUACCAUGUGUGGGUGUUAUUUUUUUAUUAUUAAAAGGUUCCUUUUUUAUUCAGAUAGAAUCGGUCACUCUUGGAAAGACCGAAUAGUUAAAAAAUAUGAACCAUUCAUCAAGCAUUGUUCUUACUUUCAGUGAAGUUUAGAUAAAACACAGCUUUUAUGUGAUGACCUGAUUAAUUACAUGUGUAGCCAACCCGACACAUGGAAUAAUCCUCA